UUGAGGAAGUUAAUAUGAAUAUUUAAUAUGGAAAUAAUAAUAAAAGUGGUUUAUAGCUAGUUACGUAUUUUGUCUCCGAUAUGCGACAAAAUUUGUAAAAUAAUGAGAGGAUUGCAUUAUUUUCUGGUUGUGUCUACAUUUACUGUAUCGUCUAAUGUUAGCUUAGCUAUGAUUGGGUGAUGAUCCUAAACACUGAAUGAAUGAUCGUCUAACACACGUGCUGAAUCUACCAGACUGCUAUUAUCCUUUGAUAUCAAAAUAUGGUCUAUAGCUGUAGAUGGACCAUUUUCAUACGACUGGAAUAAAAAGACCUGUCAGAAAUGUUGUGCUGCAGGAGAUUUAAACGAAUGGUGCCAGUUGUUCUUGUCCUACUGUUUAUGUGCAUUUAUAAAUUCUACUAUGACACCACAUCAAAGAUGCCAGGUGUAAUAACAGAGGAAUAUUACCCGCAGGAAUCAUUAGAUGCUGUAGAAUAUAUCAGAAUGGAUUGUGGAAAACUUUGCGAAACAAAUGCUAAAGGGGUACCCGGACCUUACUUUGAUCAAAUAACUGUCCCAAUUGAUUGUCAAGCGCUCUUUAAAAGCGAACACAUAGAUCGUGGCCACGGCUUAUCUAUUGCCCCCAAAACAAUACCUAAAGAUCUACAUAUGGACUUUACGAUGAACAACAGACUAAAAGUGUCACCAUGGUAUUUUAAUGAUGAAGAAUAUUUGGGUAAGACUGCCAAACUGGCAGUGUGGACAGAACAAAUAAUCGAGGACUACAUUUCUUUGGCAAAAGAUAACAAGUUAAAAGGAACGUAUGGAGUAUCAGAAACAAAUGCUUUACGAGAUGGUUUAAAGCAUGCACCUGGCAUUAUCAAUGGUCGAGUUUUGGUUAUAGGUUCAGAAAUUCCCUGGGUAGAAGCAUGUGCUUUGGAAGCAGGAGCACGCGAGGUUGUUACGUUAGAAUAUGGUAAAAUCGUUUCAAAACACCCUAAAAUAAAAACAAUGGUUCCCGUUAAAUUUCGGAAAAGUUAUUUAAACAAAACUUUAGGGAGUUUUGAUGCUAUUGUUACUUUUAGUUCAAUAGAACAUUCCGGUUUAGGCAGGUAUGGUGACGGACUUAAUCCCUGGGGAGAUAUUAUUGCCGUUGCCAGGGGAUGGUGUGUAACUAAGGAAGGGGGCUCGUUAACCAUUGGCGUUCAGUACAGUUAUGAAAGGGAUUAUAUCAAAUUCAAUGCCGCUAGAUGGUAUGGGAAGAUAAGGUAUCCAUAUUUGACAACAAAUUGGAAACAGCAUUAUCGAGGCUAUGGACACCAACGCGUGCAUGUAUUUACUAAAAUAAAUGUAAAUUUUACAAGACAGCUUGACCAUUACAAGCUGAAAGAACCGCAUCCGUAUUUUCCUUUAAACAACACUGAUAAGCACUACUCUCAAGCACAUCAGGAUGAAACUGUGUAUCAAAUUUCCCGGAAAAAAAAUGGAAUUUUUGUUGAAAUGGGAGCAUACAAUGGUGAAAUGUAUUCAAAUACUUUGUGGUUAGAAAGAAAACAUAACUGGACUGGACUGUUAAUAGAAGCUAACCCUGAUCUUUGUCGUCAAAUAGAUGCGCUGAAACGGCGAGCUUGGCGUCUCUGUGCAUGUAUAUCAGAUAAAUUAAAAAAAACUGAAUUCAUUCAGAGCGGUGCAGUAGGUGGCAUGGCGUCAGAAUUAGAUGAUGACCAGAUGAAGAUGGUAAAAACUAAUCGAACAAUUUCAGUUCCUUGUUUUAAUAUGAUAGAAAUCCUAGAUCUGAUAGGCGUGCAACAUAUUGACUACUUUUCGUUGGACGUUGAAGGAUCAGAAAUGAUUAUUUUGGAGUCAGUAAGAAACGAACUGAUAUCCGGAAAAAUAGUGGUAAAUAUUUGGUCUAUUGAAUACAGGACAUGGGAUGGAACGAAAAAUAUUGUAAACAAGUCAUUCCAAAAAUUACAGAAUUUACGAAAUUUUUUUGAAAAUAUUGGAGGUUAUGUGGAAUAUUCUCAGUUAAAUAAUGAACAUGGUGAUAACAGGGACGGUAUGGCAUUGGAUGUUGUGUUUGUUCGUACUUAAGCCUUCGAUGUUUUUAAAUGGCACAUUGUGCUCAGUAUAAAUAAUAAGGAAAUGCAGUGUAUCUGCUUAUUAAACCGCCUUCAUUUGAACUUUGGUGGAUAGUUGUCUCAUUGGCAAACAUAUUACAUCUCCUUACUUUUAUAUUAGUUUUAAUUUAUGGAAACAUUUAUAAUUAGGCCUUUUCAUCCCAAAAGGUGGGAGGGCUAAUGUAUUCUGUUUGUUCAAGAGGAACCAACGGUAAAUUGAUAUUAGGUUCCGUUAAGAAAUUUAAAACCAAGUCAAUUUUCAAAUGAGUUCUUAACAUGUUAUAUGAGCAGGGAUGGACACGAUUACUGUCAAUUGUAAUCGAUAAAUAAUCGAUUACAUGAAGGAUUUUUGUGUAAUCGAUCAUCAAUCGAUUACUUUAUCAAAAAAUAUUACAUUACUUUUCGAUUACUGUCAAUUACAUGCUGACUUUUUUUUUUGAAUAACUUAAGAAAGCUUACCACAAUUAUACUGGUCAAUGAGUUUGUUAGUGGAAAUUAAGAACUUUACACAAUCACUGCUUAUAAAUGUACUGUUUUAAACAGUUGUUGUCUAGACCGAUAAACUAAAUAAAAUACAAGUUCUUGAAAUAUUGGUCAACAAGAGAGAGAGAGUGGUGAUAAAGUUCCUGCAUUGACUUCCACCAAUCUAUCACAUCUUUUUAAUUAUGGGUCAUUUGCUUCAUAUUGUGCACAUAUUUUAUGACAUACUGUCUUCCUGAAUUAAAUUUUGUUGUUCGUUUAA